CAUAACUUUUAUAUAUUAUGCGAUAGAGCGUGCAUGUUUCCUGCACAUCAAUAUACAUAUUCCUGUUAUUGCUUUAUUGAUUUUAUUUUAGGGGCUCCAACGGGGGAAAGAAUGGAAGAUAAUACAGAUCACUGGGUUUUCCACGGAAUGUACUAUCCACCUUUACUACGGUCAGCUACAGUCAAGAAGUUUAUGGUUGGUUACGAAAUGCUGGCACAGAGCCAACGUGAUUUGACACCAGAAAAAGCAGCAGACAUUCUGCGAAAACUGCCUGAAGAGCAUUAUAGUCUGAGUGAAGCAACCAGUAGUUGACAGCAGCUGUCACACAAAAAUUAGCAAUUUAUUAGUAUUUUUAAUAAAUUUUAUUUAUAUAUCAAAAUAAA